AUGGAUUAUUCCAGAAUUAUCGAGUCUUCAGAAACUCACAGGAAUAAGUGUGCGGCAUGCUUCAGACAGUUCAACAAACUGGAGCACUUGGUGGAGCACAUGAGAAUCUCAUACCAUUCGGGUCAUGAACCAACUUGUGCCAUUUGCAGAAAACACUGCAGGUCAUUUGAGUCUCUAAGGGAACACCUUAUAGGUAAUAUAUAAAUCCAUAAUAAUUGCAAGUUUUGCUUGAAGGUGUUUGACAGCCCUAACUCGCGCAGGGUUCACCAAGAAAAAUGCCAACUCUCUGGACUAACUGGAAUGAUUGGUCGGUUUUCUAGCAUGGGUCUUCGAGAUAAUUUGACAAUUGGAUCAAGAGGAGCACCAGUAGUUGCACUUGCUUGUAAAAUGGUUGGUGGUGGCAGUGAUGGCUCACUUGAUCUUUGUGCAAGAGUCUGCAUAAUUGAUGAGCAUGAGAACAUCAUCUUUCAUUCUUAUGUCAAACCACCAUUUCCAGUCACUAAUUAUAGGUACGAGACAACAGGUAUUAGAGCAGAAUAUUUGAGGGAUGCAAUACCAAUGAGGCAAGUUCAGAGGAAGAUUCAAGACUUCCUUUGCAAUGGAGAGCCCAUGUGGACAAUUAGAGCAAGAGGUGGCAAGGCCAGGAUUCUUGUUGGUCAUGGUUUGGAUCAUGACCUAGAAUGUCUCCAAAUAGAAUAUCGACCAGAAAAGAUAAGGGACACUGCAAAAUACCCUCCUCUGAUGAAAACAAGCAAGUUGAGCAACUCACUUAAAUACUUAACACAAACAUAUCUAGGGUAUGACAUUCAAACUGGGAUACAGGAUCCUUAUGAUGAUUGUGUUGCAACAAUGAGACUCUACAAGAGAAUGAGGUCCCAGGCACAUAGAAUGGAGGAUUACCCUUUGGCAUCUGACCCUCAGAACAGAAACAAUUUUGCUUCUUGGAGACAAAGUGAGCUUGAAAGAAUGAGUCCUGAACAAAUGCUUGAAAUUUCAAGGUCUGAUUACUAUUGCUGGUGCAUGGAUUCCUUAUAUACCUCAUGA